CUUUGCAGCCACCCUCUGGCCACUGACCCGCUCGUCCAGGCCCUGUUCACAUGCAUCUCAAGGAACAUGGCAACGUCUGGUGUGGUGUUAUCUAUCGUGUUGGGGGUCUGCUUCAUAACACCUGGAUCCACCACGUGUCUGAUCGGUUGCUCCUGCACAGAUGACAGCAACGGCAGAUCUUUACUUUGCAUGGAAACCGCCAUGGCCCGCGUUCCAGAUAACCUUCCGACCGACUUGUCGAAGAUCAGAAUAGAGAACUCGCAUCUGACCGAGCUGCCGCGUGGGUCGUUCUCCAAAGUGCGUAACCUGGUGUAUCUGUGGCUCAACUUCAACGACAUCACCCUCAUGAACGCACAGAGCCUGCAGGGCCUCGCGAACCUGACCGAGUUGAGGCUCCAGGGAAACAAGCUGAGCUCGAUGCCGUGGACGGCGUUCCUCGACGCGCCAAAGCUGAAGAUCCUAGACCUGAAACACAACCGGCUGGAUGUGCUCCCGGAACACGCUCUGAGACACCUACCCGGCCUGACUUACUUAGAUAUAUCCUUCAACCAGCUUAGUGUCAUAUCAAAAGACGUUUUCCUCAACUGGCCACUGUAUAUUACCACGGAGAAGGCGUGGGGCAAAGAGGGCUUCGUCUCCAAUGUGGUGUUGGCGCUGCACGACAACCCGUGGCAGUGCGACUGUCGGCUGAAAGGCUUCGUUGAGUUUAUCCGUGCUGUGAGCCCUCCCCUCAUCCUCAUGAACUCAUACCUGAAGUGCGCGGGUCCCAACGCCAAAGCCGGGAAAUUCUUCCACGAGGUGAACAUUAAAACGUGCGUGAAGCCCGUGACCUCUGCCCUCGAGGCGAACAUGAGCGUCGCCUUCGGAGCGAGGGCCACGCUAACGUGCUUGGCCAAGGCCCGUCCCGAGCCCACCAUUCAGUGGACGUACAGUAUGAAGAUUAUAAAGGGAUUUUCUGUCACGGAAACACACGAGGAAGAGGAGAGGGUCAGCUCCAAGCUCCUGAUCCCCUCUCUUCAUCUCUCCGACCGCGGGCUCUACACCUGCAUGGCCACCAACUUCCUCGGAAACUCCUCAGCCGCCUUCUGGGUGGACGACCCAGCCGCCAGCGCCUCCCAUCCCGCCUCCCCUCCCGUCUCCACGCUGCCCCCCGAAGACGAGAACGUCCUCAUCGACGUCCGCAUCGCCAAGCAGACCCUGUACGGGUUCACGCUGGAGUGGCACGUGGCCACGCAGAAGCCUCGCCCGGACACAUGGUUCACGGUCCACUUCGGGAAGCACGACGCGGCCCGGAAGGAGACCACCCACAUCGGGCCGGGCGUCAACACCUACUCUGUCCGGGAACUGCAGCCCCUCACCAGGUACGAGGCGUGCGUGGCGUGGAGGAACCUCCCGCCCCUCCGGGGCCAGUGCGUGGCCUUCGUGACGGGCAACGGCGUGAGCGCGAUGGAGCAGCGCGAGAGGCUGAUCCACAUCGUGGUGAUCGUGUGCGCCAUGGUGCUCGCCGUCCCCGCGGGCAUGUACGCCUGCACCACCGAGACGCGCUUCGGCUGGCCGGCGUGCUGCAAGAACCCGUGGAAGAUGAGGGGUGAGGAGCUGAGGGACGGGGCGAGGCGGGGCACCUUCGACAGCCUGCAGGGCGCGUCCAACGAAGGACUGUGCCCCGACUCGGCGGAGGGCCGGAGCGCGAGGCCCGGGACUGAGGACAGGGCUAAGGGAGGGAACGGGCUCGGCUGCAUUAGCUUCGACAUGACCACCAAAACGACAACAACAUCAUCGAGUGAGAUGAAUUCAACUUCCCAAAGUGGAUUAGACUCUCUGUCGGUUUAAACGUAUCUCAGGUUCUCAGGUUUCUGAUCUCAAGAUGAACAAUUGCCUUAUUGAUAAGGAGAGCCUGUUGAUUCACAUGUUGUUCAUUCAAAUAGCUGAAUGUGUGUUUAGGCCUAAGCAUGAGUACUUAAGGCUUAGUUAUGGCUCCACGUCGACGCAAGGACCCUCCUUGCGUCCACCGCAAGGCCCUGAGGUGCGCCUCCCAAAAAUAGUUACCGUGCGUCGAGGCGAAGCAGCACGGGCUGUAAUUGGUCCGCUCACUAAAACCUGACGCAGAACCGAAACAGGUUCACUACUGCGUCUAAGCGUCUGCGUGGUCAUUGCGUUGCGUCGACGUGGAAGCAUUACUGAGGCUUUACUGUAUAAUGUGUCUUCAAUGUUUUGAUAAAUAUUUUUAAUAACUACGCUAGAAUCACCACAUGCAUGCCUUUGUUUACAAUGAUUUAACAAAAAACCUGCUUUGAAAUGAAAACCUCUAAUCAUAGUGAAAUUAAUUAAAGUUGAUUAUUUCUUGUGAUAAUGAA